GAUAGCGCCCAGAUCUCUCGGUAUGGGGCUCCUCUGGAUUCUGGCAAUUCUUGCCGCAGCAAACUCCGUACUGCCAUAUCAAGACGAUCUCUGGCCUAUGGACAGGUAUGUUGAAGAUUAUGAUGACCUGGACUACUCUGAUUUUACACCACAGAUGAAAAUGACUCGGUAUUGGAUGGAUCCGGGGCCUAACAUCGGGAACCCCCCUACUGAAGUGGAAACAAGCCCAGAUGUUGGAAGUCUUUGGGAGUCUGAAGUAGAAGACAUCAAAAAACAUUCCACUGCAGCACACAAUGUGGCUUCCAAAGGAAAAACAUCUCAGUCCAGCACUAAACAGAGAGCAGCUUCCAGAUAUGCAAUCGAUGGCCAGCUUUCUUCCCAAUGUGCUUCAACGGAAAUGGAAUAUAGGCCCUGGUGGAAUCUAGAUCUAGGAUCAAACCACGUUAUCUUCUCUGUGGCCAUUACAAACAGGAGAGACUGCUGUGCCGAGGACCUGAGCGGAGCUGAAAUUCGAAUAGGAAACAUCGCAGACUGGAGGGAGAACCCCAGCUGUGGCGUUGUGUCGUCAAUCGGUCUCGGAGAAACCUACUCCUUUACCUGCCAUGGAAUGGAGGGACAGUUUGUCACCAUCGCAAUACGGGGAAAGAACGUAUCUCUGACCUUGUGUGAAGUCCAGGUGUUUGGACAGCCCAAAAAUCAGUCAGUUGAUGAAAGUUGGAACAUAAGUCAGAUGUGGCAGAGCCAGCACCAUGGAGCUCCCAAUGUGGCCCCAAAAGGAACAGCCACCCAAUCCAGUGAUCACGAGCGUGCACAAGCCAAAAAGGCCAUUGAUGGCUCGCUGUCAAAUAAUCAUCCGCACUGCAGCCACACGCAAUAUGACCUCGAGCCUUGGUGGAAUCUGGAUCUGAACUCCAGGAUGAGGAUCUUCUCCAUCGCCAUCACCAACCGAAAAGAAUGUUGUGGCCACAGACUCAACGGGGCCGAAAUUCGCAUUGGGUUCUCCAAAGACGACGUGAGAGAAAACGCAAAGUGUGCGAUCCUUACCAGGGUGGAGCAAGGAGGAACUCUCGCUGUGAACUGCCAUGGCAUGGAGGGGCGCUAUGUGUCUGUUGUCAUCCCACGCCGUAGAGAGUCCCUCACCCUCUGUGAGGUUCAAGUCUUCGCUCUGCCAACCGAUGAGCCAGAAAACGAGAAAAUAGAUCUCGAACCUGAAAAGAAGCCAAAAACUCUGAACUCAGAGAAAAAGGAUCUUUGAAAAGAAGCCAAAAAACUCUGAACUCAGAGACAAAGGAUCUCAAACCUGAAAAGAAGCACAAAAAUCUGAAUGCAGUCAUGGUGCCAAAACUUGCUUUGAAUAAAGCCUCUCAGUCCAGCAUUUACGGACUCAGCUCGCCCAGAAACGCCAUUGAUAAUUACUUGCACAACAAAACCCCCGAGAUAAACUGCGCGGUGACCACGGUGGAGUACGAACCAUGGUGGGCCGUCUCACUGGAAUCCAACUACAUCGUCUCCGCCAUCGCCAUCACCAACAGGGGGGACUGCUGUGCGUCCGAUCUGGACGGAGCCGAGAUUCAUGUAGGAUAUCAUGACACUGACUGGAGGAGGAAUCCCCUCUGUGGCAUAAUAUCUUCCGUUGGACUUGGAAAGACACGAUUGUUUAAAUGUAACGGAAUGGGAGGGAAAUUUGUGACCAUCGUGAUCCCGGACAGGAACUCCUCUCUUUCCCUGUGUGAGGUGCAGGUGUUUGGAAACAAGGUAGAAAAACCUGUUUCAUAUUGUUCUUGGGAUGAAGAUGUUCAAUCGCGGGAGAAAAAAUCACAGUGCCACAAAUAUGGCCCCGCAGGGCUUAGCAUCUCAGCCACCGUACGGCGGGUACCAGUAUGGAAAAGAAGCCAAGCUGGCCAAUGAUGAAAAUUUGAACAGCAAUUACUACGGAGGCAGCUGCACCCACACCAACGAGGAAUGGGAACCUUGGUGGACGGUGGAUUUAAAAUCCAGAAUGAACGUUUCGUCCGUCGUCCUGACCGUUCGAAGUGACUGCUGCAUCCAGAGGUUCUACGGGGCCGAGAUCCGCAUAGGGAACGCCAAAAAUCGAGACAACCCCAGUGUGCUCAGAUUCCAUCCCGCCUUGAACCAGGAGACACCUUCUACUUUGACUGCGAAGGAAUGGAAGGGCGCUAUGUGUCCAUUGUUAUCCCGAACCGCAAGGAGUGGUUGCAUAUCUGUGAAGUGCAAGUGUUUGCCGAACCCACCGAGAGCCAAUCAGAGGGCAGAGAAGUGAAACUAAAAGACGAAGAUAGAUAGAAAAAAAAGUAUCUAAAAAACCUAAAUCAAAGGAAGAAACGGUUUUUGCAAAAGAAAUUAUACUGUCUAAGGUAUCUCUGUCCAGUAAGAAGAACAGCACUGAGGUGAAGCAACCAACCAAGUGUGCCGUAACCGAAGAGGAGUAUGAGCCGUGGUGGAGGGCCGAACUGCGUACAACCUUUAAAAUUCACUCCGUGGCACUGACCAAUAGAGGUGGCUCCGAUCUCAGGGGGGCAGAGAUUCGUGUUGGACACAAUGGCUCAGACUGGAGGAAUAGCAGCAUCUGCAGCACAGUCUCCUCCAUUGGACUUGGUGAAACCUACUUAUUUACGUGUCAUUUGCUGGAAGGAAAAUUCAUCACCAUAGUUAUCCCAGACAAGAUGGCAUCACUUGCCCUGUGUGAAGUCCAGGUCUUUGUUCAAGAAGCUGAAAGAUCCGGUGAUGGUCCAAGUUCGGUUGGAGAUGAGGAGUUCCAGCAGCCAAAUCAUGGAGGUAAUGGCUUACAUGAAAGACUGGUCACCAUUGGCUGA